AUGGGAAUCAAAUUUGAAGGUUUCGAAAAAUGUUUCAAAAUGUCCAUUGAUAGUACUGAUUCUAAUUCACUAGAACAUUUACGAGACGCCAAUGAUAAACGUAAACAACUAGAUGUUAAAAUUGCAAAAGGCACAGUAACUAGACUUGAUAUGAUGAAACAAUUAACAAUCGAAUUGGAAAUAUUAGACACAUUACUCAAAACUUCUAAUAUUAAAAUGAGAGCAAAUGAAUGCUGUGCAAUAAUCAAUAAUGUUAUUUCAACUUUAACCAAACGCAUCAACAACAUGUGGAAUACUAUAUUUCUACUUUUUGUCAUCAAUGAUGGAAUUGAACCAGAAUUCAUUAAUAUUACAAGUGACUAUAAAAUAAAAUCUAACUGCGAGAACUGCAGUAGUUGUAAUACAAUAUACAAAAGUAUCAUGAGCAACAUAAAGAUAAUAUCAACUCAAGAAGAUAAACUUUUUAAUUUUUCCUCGUCUGACUUUAUCAAAAUUCUUCAAACAACAGUGUUUGUCGAUAAGACAUUGAUGAUAAAAGAAUUAUUUGAAAAUAAGAAAAUCAAAGGAACAGCAAUCACGGCUCCCCGGAAGUAUGGAAAAUCAACAAAUUUAAGUAUGCUUAAAUACUUCUUGGAAAUUCAGGUGGACUCUCUAGGAAAACCACUUACAAAGGCAAACGCUGACAACCCAAUUACAGAUACAAGUAAUUACAAAUUAUUCAAAGGACUUAAAAUAAGCAAAGAAGCUAAUAUAAUGAACAAACAUUUUGGAAAAUACCCAGUUUUGUAUGCAAAUUUUAAAAUAGAAAAGUGUAUCGAAUCGUAUGCCUGUGUUGUUGAAGGAUGUAAAGAAGUAAUUCACAAAUCCUUUCUGUUACAUAAUUAUUUAAGAAGAAGUUCUAAAUUGAACCUUCAACAGAGAACAUUAUGUAUGUUAUGGUGCAAUAAUGAAAAUUACAAAAACAUUACGAAUAUAGAUGAAAUUAUAAUUGGUUUUAGUUCAUUGAUUAAAUGUUUAACAAAGCAUUUUAACAAACCAUGUUUUAUUCUAAUUGACGACAUCGAUUUUUUUAUAGUAUCAGUUUCAAAAACAGAGACUAUAUCGAAAGGAUACGGUUGUAUUGUGGGUUUUUUGAGGGAAUGUUUAUCAUUUUUAAAUAACAAAGAAUUAAUUGUUAGGGCAUUUAUAACUGGAAAAUAUAUUUAUGCUAUUAAUGCCAUAGUGCCUUGGAGUAUAGAAAUACGACCGUUUUUUACAUUGCAUGAGUUCACUGAUUAUUAUGGAUUGACUAUAAAUGAGUUGGAAUAUCUUUUCAAAAAAAAGGAAUUUAAUGCUUUGACCGUGACAAUAAAAGAAGUUAAAGCUUAUUAUGGUGCCUAUGUGAAAUUUGAUAAAUGUUCUGAAGCAAAGAAGGAAAUAUAUUGCAUGUGGUCAAUUUUAAAUGUUUUAAAAUGUAAAGCACUUGACAACUAUUGGCGAGAAUUUGGAAAUUUUUUUUGUAACUUUUCAAAUCAAUCCAUUAAAAAUACAAUACAAAAAUUAUUGAUUGACGAAAAUCUGUCUGUUACAUUAUAUGAUAGAACAAUUUCAAGACUGCAUCCGGUUUAUCCUCUACUUAUUGCAGAGUCUGGAACUGCAUGUACGAAAUCUUUAAAUUAUUUUUUAAAUGUGUUAUUGGACUUGGGUUAUAUAACUUGUGUUUCAGCGCAAACACCAAUUACAGACUCAUUUAGUCAUACAGAUUUAGUAUCAUUUGUAAAAAUACCAAAUAAGGAAGUUAGACAAGAUAUUGAAAAUAAAUUAUCACUGCUCUCUUAAAAAUCAUACUUUGUUAUUUAAUCUAAUAAUUUAGGUACCUAUAUUAUGUCAAUUUCUAUUUUUGAUAUUAUCUCUAAGAUAAACGAUAAAAACCA